AAUGGAAGAUUUGGCAAAUUUGACAAUCGUCACUAAUGCCAUUGAGGCUGAUCAAGGAUUUGUUCAAGAAACAGAUGUGAAAGAAUUAAAGUGGCUAAAAAAUGAUUUUGAUGAUUUGCAAGUUCAAUUGGAAAGUCUUACCAUCAAAGAUGAGGCUGAAGAAACUUUGGCCAGAGACCUCCUUGAAAGAAUUGAGCAUUCAUACAAGGAAGUUAAUGAUUGUAUGGAACAAAUCAUGGGAAUUCCACCAACAACUGAAAAAACUUCCACCACAACAUCAGAUAUGACAAACGAGGCAAGAGCAAUAAUGAAAUUAAACAAAAUCAAUGAUGCUAUUGAUGACAUUCAGCUCACAAUACAAGAAAAACUUGAAUCGUUAUCCCUGCAUGACAAAAUCUUCCAAGCCAACGAUGUUUAUAACCCAGGCUCCAAUAAAAGAGCAUCAGUUCUUACCAAUGAUCUAAACCCUGAGAAAGAUUCAUCAAGAAACCCAAAUCUUAUCACUACAUCAAUGACUGAUGAAGUGGCCUCUUCAGAAACUUCUCCAACAAUCAUAUCAGAAGGGCCACCAACAAAUGCAAUAUCGUCAACAGAAGCAGAAAAUUCGACCUCGGGUACGACCUCGGGUACGACCUCGAGCACGACCACAAGCACGACCUCAAGCACAGCCUCAAGCACAGAAUCAAGCACAGAUUCCAGCACGGAUUCCAGCACGGACUCGAACACGGAUUCGAACACGGAUAUGAGCACGGAUUUGAGCACGGUUUCAAGCACGGCCUCAAACACGGCCUCAAGCACAACCUUAAGCACAGUACCAAGCACGACCACAAGCACGACCCCGACCACAACUCCUAUCAUAAACACAAGCACGACUUUGAGCACGAUCACAAUAAUUUCAUCAACAACACCAAUAACAACAAAACGGACCACAACCAAUCCUCUAUCAGAAUUCAAUUUGAUCUAUGAUGAAGCCAUUCAACUUUGUGAAUGGAUUGAGAUGGUCACCACAAGCAUCAUUCAAUCUGUGGAUAUUCAAAUUAGCGAGGAUACAGUUGAGGAGUUAGAAGAAAUAUAUAGUCAAUGUCUAACAAUUUUGUCCCAAUUAGAAGGAGUCAAUAUCAAUGGUCCCAGUGACGAAGAUUUGGGUGAAGAUUUGGUUAUAAUCCUCUCAGCUACUCAAGAUCAAGUUAAGGACGCCAUAACAUUCUUGGAAUUAGGUUAAAGGGUGCUGUGCGGAGAGCUUAGAAAACUGAAAUAAAAAGGAGUAUUUGUGUUCUUCAAAUCAUCUCUGCCUCAUCCUAAAACUAAAAUAGAUUCGGUUUGCACGCACAAAAUGUUUUAAAGUAGUCCCUCUCACUUUUGAUUAAUGAAGAGUGCUAGAAUAUUUUCCUAUGAGAUGGUGGUUUGAUAUGCUCUGUAUUCCAAAAAUGCAAUUGUGAGUGCAGGGUCAUUGCUAAGUUAUUACUAGAAUUUGCACAUCUCUCCUCUCAUUUUAUGAUGUAUGAAUAGCCCCCUUACGCUGCACAAAAUAUGUUUCACGUUCUGCACUUCAGAGGGCGCUUUGUCAUUCAGCCUCUACCAAAUAAAGGGCCGAUUGGGCCAAUUCCUUAUUAUUGAGUCAUA